AUGAUAGAUACUGGCUCCACAAUUUCAGCUAUUACUCCAGCUUAUUUAGAAAAAAUUCAUCAUGAACCAAUUCGUCGUGUAACCAAAGUUUGUAAAGCGGCCAACAACUCCGAUUUGAAAAUUCUUGGCAUGGUAGAGUUAAAAAUUCUGGUACAGAACAUCGUAACAAAAGUCAAUGCAUUUAUUAUAGAGAAUCUAUGUACAGAUGUACUCUUGGGCAAUGAUUGGUGUAAUGAUUACAAUGUUGAUAUAAGUUAUUCUUUUCGUAACAUCACAGUAUGCGUGGGGAACCAAACGGCACAAGUCCCAUUCUCCAAACAAAUCAAUGAUGCAAAACCAAGCAACCUUCGAACAUCCGAAGAUAUCGUUAUACCACCACGAUCUGCAAAAGUUAUUCAAGCUACUACAGACGCGAAGGAGCUGACUGCAGCAAUUUUUACGCCAUCUGCAACACUGCUUAUGAACGAAGACAUCUGUGCGCCCUAUGCAUUAUUACGAGUUGACGAAUAUCACACAACAUUGUCGUUAAUGAAUAUAUCGAAUACACCUAGAACCAUCUUCAAAGGAACACAACUCGGUACACUAAUAGAACAUCACAAUGAACGCUGUUGCUAUGUUAAUACAACUACGGAAGAUCAUGCAAAACAUGUAUCAUCAUCAACAACCACAACAGAGAAAUCCACAUCUUUUCGGUUUAGAGUUGAGUCUUUGCUUGCACACCUGUCAAAACAUCAUCAACAACACUUACAACCUGUCUUACUAAAGCAUUCUACCGUCUUUGACAAUUCAGAACCAACGGUUAUGAAAAUCAAUACCAAACAUCGAAUUCCAAUUCAAGAACAUCAUGCACCAAUACAGUCAUAUCCGUACCGCAAAGCUCCAAAAGAGAGAGAAAUUAUUAAUGAACAAGUAACUGAAAUGUUGAAAAAUAAUGUAAUUCGUCCCAGUUCAAGUCCGUGGUCCUCACCAGUGGUUAUUGUUAAAAAGAAAGACGGCAAACCACGAUUCUGCGUCGACUACCGACGAUUGAAUUAUAUCACGGAACGUGAUGUAUAUCCUUUGCCUCGGAUUGACGACAUCAUUGAUCGAUUAGCUGGCGCCAAAUACUUCACCACUUUGGAUAUGAAGCAAGGGUAUUGGCAGGUGCCCAUCGAAGAGAAAGACAAACAGAAGACUGCUUUUGUUACCAGUGAAGGAUUAUUUGAGUUCAAUGUUCUUCCAUUUGGUUUGUCCAAUGCACCUGCCACAUUCCAACGUAUUGUCAACUCCAUUUUGGGUGCUCUGCGAUGGGACAUAGCAUUGGUGUACUUGGACGACGUCAUCAUAUAUUCUCGAUCACUUGUCCAACAUGCUCAACAUCUUGAUGCUGUGUUAUGUGCCUUACAAGAAGCCAACAUUAAAUUGAAUGCAGAGAAGUGCUCUAUUUGUAAGAAAGAAUUGGAUUAUUUAGGAUUUAGAAUAACUUCAGAUGGAAUAAAACCAACUCGGACCAAUGUACGAAAAACAAUUGAUUUUCCAGUUCCAACUUCAGCAAAACAAGCCUAUGCAUUUGUUCAAAUGGCUCAAUUCUACCGACGCUUCAUUCCAAACUUCUCCACAAUAGCAGCUCCAUUGAAUGUGUUCAGAAACAACAAUAUUGAUUUCAUUUGGACAAAUGGAUGUCAACAAGCUUUUGAUGAAUUGAAAACAAGAUUAUCUCAAUAUCCAUUGUUAGCAUAUCCAGAUGAUCGAUCAACAUUUCGAUUAAGUAUCAAUACAGAUGCAUCGAAUACCGGUAUAGGUGGUGUCUUGCAUCAGAUGACACCUCAAGGUCCUAAACCAAUUACAUAUCUGUCUCGGUCUUUGUCAAUUCAAGAGAAAAAGUUUUCAACUGUUGAGAAGGAGUGCCUUGCGCUCGUAUGGUGUAUUACUAAACUUCGGCAUUAUCUGUAUGGUUGUGACUUCGAUAUCUUAACUGAUCAUCAUCCACUUUGUUGGCUGAAUAAGAGAACAUCAAAAAAUGGUCGUCUUGAUCGGUGGGCUGUUCAACUUCAAGAAUUUCGGUUUAAUAUUAAACAUACAUCUGGUAAAUGUAAUACGGUAGCUGAUUGUUUAUCACGCUAUCCACUAAAUGAUCCAGACGAUAUAGUCGAAGCGAACAUCGAUUUGAUGCAUGGUCAAAACAUUGCUAAUAUUAAUGCUGUUAUCACCGAUACAAAACCCAUAUUUGAUCCUGCUGAUAUUAGAGCAGCUCAGGUAGCUGACAAGAAAACGAGCCAUAUACUUGAAUCAUUGGCAUCUGGCUCAAACAUCAAGUCAUUUUGUUUGAAAGAUAAUGUUCUUUGUAAAAUGGUUCAACGACAAGGACAACCUACACAUACCUUACCAUUUGUUCCGAAAUCCAUGAGACAUAACCUGCUGGUAGCGUACCAUGAUCAUCCAACUGGUGGCCACUUGGGUGUCUACAAGACAUGGUGUAAGAUCAAAGAUCGAUAUUAUUGGCCUGGUCAAUAUAGUGAUGUUAAAAAUCAUGUAUUAUCAUGUAAACCAUGUCAACAGUUCAAAAUCUGCAGGAAGAAACCAGCUGGUCUACUACAACCAAUUGAACAACCUGCCGGUGUUAUGGAUCUUCUUGGACUUGAUUUUAUUGGCCCGGUUCCUAUGUCUUCUCGGGGUAACCGAUAUAUUUUGGUAUGCACCGAUUAUUUGUCCAAAUAUUGUAUCACGGAAGCUACGAAAGAUUGUUCAGCAACUGCAGCUGCUCGAUUUCUAGUUGAAAGAGUGAUCUUACAUUAUGGAGUGCCUAAACAACUGCUCACCGACCAAGGUACACACUUUACGGCCAAAGUCUUUGAAGCAGUUGCACGUCGAUGUGGUGUUCAUCAUAUUACUGCAACUACCUACCAUCCAAGUACGAAUGGUCUCACAGAACGUCUUAAUGCUACAAUAGCAAAUUCAAUUGGUCCUUAUGUUAAUCAACAACAAUCCGACUGGGAUGAAUAUUUACCUUUCGUUACUUACUCGUACAAUACAUCCAAGCAAGCAUCAACUCAGAUUGAACCAUAUAAAUUAAUGUUUGGUCGUGUCCCCCGAUUACCGUUUGAUAUGCCCAAUACAACUGUGGUGUUGCCGACACCGAAUGAUUAUUUCAUUCAACUAGAUCAGUUUUUGAACCAAGCCAAACAUGUAGCAAGAUGUAAUGUUAAGCAACAACAAAAUAUCUAUAAACGUCGAUUUGACACAGGUCGAAUUGAUCAGAAGUUUUCCAUUGGACAACAUGUUUGGUUGAAACAAAUGAUGAACCACAAGUUAAAAAAAUUCUCACCCAAAUAUUAUGGUCCAUUUCAAAUUGAGCAACAGCAUGGUCGACUGAAUUAUGUGGUGAAAAGUCCAUAUGAUGGUCGCACGGAAACAGUGCAUGUUUCUAGAUUGAAACCUGUUUGA